AAGAGAGAAUGGUAGAAAUCUGGAACAUAACAAAUGGAGAGAGAGACAGAGAGUCAAUAAGCAUGGGUUUAGUGGCCAAGUUUGAGAAAGGGGGUUCUUGAGGUUGAUAGAUUGCUUUGGUGAUGAGCUGACACAGAAAAAUCAAAACAUGGUAAUGGAUGUGUUUCUUCUGUAAGAGGUGUGAAAAUGGGAGGGUGAGAAGAGAAGAUGAGGACAAAUUAGUCAUUUUAUUAAAAAUAGUCACCAUUCUCCAGUUUUCUUUCCGAAAGAGAGGUAAAGGUUUUUGCCUGUGGGACCCAUCAAAAUCUUUCUUUCCUUCAUUUGUCUGAAGGAACCGAAUGAGGGAAGGCAUCGUAAUUCUAAUCUACCCUCUUUUCCUUCCCUCCCUUUCUUUUCUUUGUAUUUUCUGCUGUUCCAAACACUGCGUUAUCCUCGACACCUCUUCAUUUAAGGAGGAUCGUGUCGUACAAUUUUCCAAAAGCCCUUUUCUGCUGUUCUUCUUUUGCAUUUCCCCUUUCCAAGAUUCAAGACAAUUCUGCUAUGGAACAGAACAUGGACCAUGAUUACCACCCACUUCCAGGUUCAGAUUCUCCUGCUGAUGCAAAGGGUGAAGCUAGCUUUCACAACCACAACAUUGCACAUGAUGAUCAUGUCUCAUAUCAAAGCAAUCCCAAUCUCAACAAGUAUGCACUUGCUGGUGCUAUUCUGGCUUCCACAAAUUCCAUUCUCUUGGGCUAUGAUAUUGGGGUGAUGAGUGGUGCUGUGAUAUUCAUAAAGAAAGAUCUCAACAUCACAUCGGUCCAAGUAGAAAUCUUAGUUGGGUGCCUAAAUGUGUGCUCCUUAUUUGGAUCGCUUGCCUCGGGCAAAACCUCUGAUUGGAUUGGAAGAAGGUACACAAUCAUGGUUGCUGCAGCAACAUUCCUAAUAGGUGCUAUUCUCAUGGGGUUAGCACCUUCAUUCCCAUUCCUCAUGGCGGGACGUGUGGUUGCCGGAAUCGGUGUUGGUUACUCCCUCAUGAUUUCCCCGGUAUAUGUUGCAGAGCUUUCCCCUGCUCUCACCAGAGGAUUCCUCACUUCUCUCCCUGAAGUCUUCAUCAGUGUUGGCAUUCUCAUUGGUUACAUAUCCAAUUAUGCUCUCUCAGGCCUUCCAAGUGACACAAGCUGGAGGCUCAUGCUUGGUCUAGCAGCAUUUCCAGCAAUUGUAGUUGCAUUGGGUGUGCUUGCAAUGCCAGAGUCACCGCGCUGGCUUGUCAUGAAGGGAAAAAUUGAGGAAGCGAAGAAGGUUCUGAUCAGAACAUCAGAGGACAAAGGAGAAGCUGAAUUGAGGCUUGCAGAGAUAAUAGAAGCUGCUUCUGUCCAGGGAAUGACCCAGGACAAAGAUAAAGCUUCAUCUUCUGGUUCUGAUUCUUCUGUAUGGAAUGGACAAGGGGUAUGGAGGGAGUUACUUAUUUCACCCACUCGCCCUGUGUUCAGGAUUCUAGUGGCAGCAAUUGGUCUUAACUUCUUCAUGCAGGCUUCUGGGAAUGAUGCUGUGAUAUAUUACAGCCCAGAAGUGUUCAGAGAAGCUGGGAUCCAGAGUGACCAGCAGCUUUUUGGUGUUACAAUCAUCAUGGGGAUAGCCAAGACUUGCUUUGUUUUCAUGUCUGCAUUGGUCUUGGACAGGUUUGGGAGGAGGCCCAUGUUGUUGUUAGGCUCAUUUGGCAUGGCAUUGUCAUUGUUUUUCUUGGGCUUUGGCUGCACUUUUCUUCAGUACUCAAGUGACAAGCCUGGGUGGGCUAUUGCUCUAUGUGUGGUUGCUGUGUGUGCUGCAGUUUCCUUCUUCUCUAUUGGUCUUGGGCCUACAACAUGGGUUUACUCAUCAGAGAUUUUCCCUAUGAGAUUAAGGGCCCAAGGCUCCAGCUUGGCCAUUUCUGUGAACCGUUUGGUGAGUGGGGUGGUGUCCAUGUCAUUUUUGAGCAUCUCAGAGGCAAUUACAUUUGGGGGCAUGUUCUUUGUGCUGGGUGGGGUCAUGGUGGUUGCUACACUUUUCUUUUACUACUUUUUACCAGAGACCAAAGGCAAGAGCUUAGAGGAGAUUGAAGCUUUGUUUGAAGACGAGGCACAUUGAAUUGAUUACAAAUCCAGCUCCUUGUUCUAAAACAGUUGUUGGGGUGAAUCAGUGAUGUGCUGAUUGCAAACAAUGGUCACAAUCGGUUUUGUUGUUGUUGUUGUCAAAGAGAUUAGCACAUAAAUGCAAUUUUUUUGUUUGUUCUAUGUUUAA